GUGAGCGCUGUGUGUUGGAGGCCGCACGUGGAUACGGCGUGGACAGGUAGCCCUCAGAAAUCAUGGGGAAGACGGGGAAGCUCCGCUCCGGUACCGCCGGGAAAGUAAAGCGCUGGAAGAAGGGACACAGCAGCGAAUCCAACCCACAGGCCAAGCGGCACCGGGAAGCUGCGAGAAGCCGGUUCUUCAGCCGCCCCUCAGGUAAAAGUGACCUGACGGUAGACGCGCUCAAGCUCCACAAUGAUCUCCAGUCCGGGACGUUCUCCAUACAGAAGAAACCUGAUGAAGACAUGGAGGAGGACGCCGAAAUGGGUGUGACAGAAAAGUCAGGUGCCACCUUCCUGAGUGGCUUGUCCGACUGCACCAAUGUUACUUUUGGCAAAGUGCAGAGGUACUGGGAGUCCAACUCGGCGGCUCAUAAAGAGAUCUGCGCUGUGCUGGCAGCUGUGACUGAAGUGAUCCGCUCCCAGGGAGGAAACGAGACAGAGACAGAAUACUUUGCAGCCCUGAUGACCACCCUGGAAGCAGUCGAGUCCUCAGAGUCUUUGGCUGCCGUUGCCUAUCUGCUCAAUCUGGUUAUGAAGAGGCUUCCAGGUCCGGUGCUGAUCAAGAAGUUUUCCGACACAUCCAAAGCUUUUAUGGACAUCUUGGCGUCCCAAACCAACACUGCCAGUGUCUCUGCUGUUAGAUGGAUCAUCUCUUGCCUGGCUGUAUUGCUACGCAAGCAGGACCUCUCUGUGUGGAGUUACCCGUCCACUCUGCAGGUGUACCAUGGGUUAUUGAGCUUCACUGUCCAUACAAAACCAAAGAUUCGCAAGGCUGCCCAACUUGGUGUAUGCUCCAUCUUAAAGGGCAGCGAGUUCAUGUUUUCCGAUUCGGCCCCCGCUCACCACCCAGCCGCAUCAUCCACAGCUAAAUUUUGUAUCCAGGAAAUUGAGAAGUCUGGAGGCAGCAAAGAAGCCACCACCACCCUGCACAUGCUGACCCUGCUGAAGGACGUGCUGCCGUGUUUCCCUGUCAGUUUAGUGAAGUCUUGUUGCGAGACCCUGCUGAAAGUCAUGACCCUGAGUCACGUGUUCAUCACCGCCUGUGCAAUGCAAGCUUUCCAUGCCCUCUUCAGCUCCAAGCCCAGCACCCAAGCACUGACUGCAGAGCUCAAUGCCCAGAUCAUCACGGCUCUGUAUGACUACCUGCCCAAUGAGAACGACUUGCAGCCCUUGCUUGCAUGGCUGGCGGUAAUGGAGCAAGCUCACGUAAACUUGUCUCGAUUGCAGAGUGACUUGUGUUUUGGUCACCUUUCUCGUCUUUUCUCUACGUCCAUGAAUUGCCUCCUGUCCCCCCACAAGCAGGUCGUGUCAGCAGCUGCUGGCACAUUGAAGUCUCUUCUUACAGAAUGUGUUGCGCCCCACAUUGCAGAGAUCGGAACGGUGUCUUCCUCUUCAGUAGCCGGACCUGCUGGGCACAUCUAUAAAAUGUUUAAGUUUGUGGAAGAAGGCCUCUCGUACAAAUUUCAUGCCUCCUGGGCCUUCGUCCUCCAGGUCAUGCAGACCUUUUUUGAGGUUGCUGGGAAGUUUUGCCACCCAAUUAUGAAGAAGUGUUUGCAGACGCUCGCUGACCUGCGGAUAUCUGCUCAUUUCCCUCAUACCGGAGAGCUGGAUCGUGCGGUGGGAGCGGCCGUGGAGAGCAUGGGACCCGAGGUGGUCCUGAGAGCCAUCCCGCUGCAAAUUGAUGGCACCGACAGGGACAACUCCGACUUCCCGCGCAGCUGGCUGGUGCCCGUGAUCCGGGACUACGUGAAGAACACGGAGCUGGAUUUCUUCGCAAGAUAUUUCCUGCCCCUGGCUGAAAAACUAAAGAAACGAGCCAGUGAACUUGCUGAGGCUGGGAGAAACCUCGAGGCCAAGAUCUAUGAGACACUACAGUGGCAAAUCUGGACAAUGUUACCGGGGUUCUGCAUCAGGCCCACAGAUGUUGCUGCCUGCUUCAAGAACAUUGCAAAGACUUUGGGAAUGAUCAUCUUAGACCAGCCAGACCGCCGUCUCACCGCCUGUCAAGCUCUGCGCACCUUAAUUAGCAAAGGAUGCGAAGCAGAGGCAGAUAAAGCUGAAGUGAGCCGACUAGCCAAAAAUUACCUUCCGAUAUUGUUCAACGUGUACAUUAAAGCACCUGCGCCAGGAGAGGGCGCCGCACACAAGGCGCCUGUGAUGGAAACCAUCCGUGCUUAUCUGACUGUGACAGACCAGCAGCUGGUCUGUGAUUUAUUAGCGAAAGCCAGUGCGAAGGUGGCGGAGAAGACGGAGGCCGAGAAGCUGUAUGUUCUGGAUCUCAUAUCAGCGAUGGCACCUAAUGCCGAUGAACCAUCAAUGACCAAGGUGUAUCAGACCAUCCUGCCAUUACUUGAGGAGAAAAACCACAGCAUGCAGAAAAAGGCAUACCGGAUCCUGGAGGAGAUCUGCGGAGGGGAGAGGUCCCCGUGCAAAGAUUUUGUCAGCAACAACUUGGAGGAGCUGAAGACCACUCUGCUGGGUUCUCUGAAGAGCGCCUCGUCUCCUGCCAAGAGGCCGCGUCUGAAGUGCCUGAUACAUAUCGUCAAGCAGCUCACAGCCGACCAUGAGGAAUUCUUGACAUCUAUUAUUCCUGAGGUGAUGAUUUGUACCAAAGAAGCAUCUGUGGCAGCGAGGAAGAAUGCGUACACCCUUGUGGCGGAGAUAGGUCAUGCCUUCCUGCGUUUCUUCAGUGAUCCAAAAGAAGCCCUGGAAAGAUACCUAGCGGUUGUCUAUGCUGGAUUGGCUGGUUCCGUCACCAUGAUUACCUGCACAGUCCUCACCCUGACCAGACUCGUAUUCGAAUUUAAAGAUCACACGGGGGUGGCGGUGAUCGAGCAGCUGCUGCAGAACGUCUGCCUCUUGUUAAGUGCUAAAACGAGGGAGGUCGUGAAGGCGGCCCUGGGCUUCAUAAAGGUCAUUAUCUUUACCAUGGAGCUGAAAGUUCUCACCAGGCACCUGCAGAUGAUGAUAGAAGCCAUCGGCAAUAUAAACAAGGACAUGAGGCGCCAUUUCCGCGUGAAACUGAAGAACAUCUUCACAAAGUUCAUCCGCAAGUUUGGGUUUGAGUUGGUGAAGGACAUGCUCCCAGCAGACUAUCACAAGGUCCUCGUCAACAUCCGGAAGGCUGAGGCUAAAAACAAGAAGCAAAAAGCACUAAAACAGGCCGCAUCCAAGGAAGAUGAAGAUGAUGAAGAUGAUGGCGCUAAGCCCAAGGGAAAUGACAUAGAGGACAUCUUGGCAGAUACAGAUGAGGAGGAGGAAGAGGAUAAGAAGCAGACCAAGCAGCAGAAGAAACAAGUCAGGCAGAUGAGCAAGGCCUGGCUCAAGGAAGGAGAAGGAGAUGAGCCGCUAAAUUUUCUCGAUGCGAAUGCUGCUCAGCGCGUACUAGCCACAAAACCAGGUGUGAAGAACAGCAAGAAGAGCCACGACUUCAAAGUCACGUCAGACGGCCGGCUCAUUAUCAAGGACGAUGAAGCUAAAGAGGAGAAGUCAAAAGGCGUGGAUGAGGAGAUGGCAGAUCUCAUGGAAGAAGUUGGGCUUCGAACUAAAAAAGCGCAGAAGAAGAGAUUCCGGGAAGAUAAUGAUGAAGAUGGCGAAACUGCAGAGAAGACGGCACAGUAUAAAGCUGGUGGUAUGGGAAUACACAGACCUCUUUCCAAAAAGCCUGAGUUCGGAAGAGCCUACAAGUCGAAGAAAGGAAAAGGUGACAUAAAACAGAAAGGCAAACACGACCCUUACGCCUACAUACCCCUGAACAAGUCCAAGCUCAACCGCAGGAAAAAGGCAAAGAUGCAGGGUCAGUUUAAAGGUCUGGUAAAAGCAGCACAGAAAGGAGCCCUGAGCGGGAAGAAAAAGAAGAAUGCCAGGAGAUCAUGAGAGCAUCACACCCAUCAUCUCCACAGCGCUGUAUGGACUGUGUGCAAUCGUCUGCCUGGUCUGGUGCCCUGUGUAUGCGCGUUCUGCCCAUGGACAGACAGUUAUGGUUUGAGGUUGACUUGAGCGGUGAUAGUUCCAGAGCAUGAAAGGGACAUCUUCAUCACUGCUGUGAGGAGGAGCAGUGAGGGGAACUUAAGAGCGUUGGCAGAAGUUCCUCCCCUCUGCUCCUUUGCUCUUUGUUUUCAAGGGACACGAUUUCAUGUGGUUCAAUAAGACUGUGCCGUUUGUUGUGCUGAAUAAACCUUGAUCACUAUG